GCGGACAAACAGGGAACGUUCGCCGUGGACUGCGAGACCUACCACACGGCGGCGGCGACUAUCGGCACCCAGGGGCAGGCAGGGAAGUUGAUGUACGUGAUGCACAACUCGGAGUACCCACUGAGCUGCUUUGCCCUGUUUGAGAACGGGCCCUGCCUCGUGGCUGAUGCCAACUUCGACACCCUCAUGGGCAAACUCAAGGGCUUCUUCCAGAAUGCCAAGGCCAACAAGCUGGAGAGCCGCGGCACUCGCUACCAGUACUGCGACUUCCUGGUCAAGGUGGGCACGGUCACCAUGGGCCCCAGUGCCAGAGGGAUAUCCGUGGAGGUGGAAUACUGCCCCUGUGUGAUUGCCAACGACUGCUGGAACCUGCUCAUGGAGUUCAUGCAGAGCUUCAUGGGCAGCCACACCCCAGGAAUCCCCUCCGUGUUCGGCUCCAAGCACGACAGUGUCUACAGCCCCGGGGACACCAUGGUGCAGUACAUGGAGCUCUUCAACAAGAUUCGCAAGCAGCAGCAGGUGCCUGUGGCUGGGAUCAGGUGA